CGGUGACAAUUCCAACUCCAUUGCUAUAUAACAAGUAGCUUGCAAACCACAUAAACACAGAGAAGAAAAACAGAGAGAGAGAGAGAGAGAGAGAAAUUAUGGAACACUUCACGAAGGACUUCAAAGUGGGAAAGUGUGAAGGGCAAAAGGUGGUGGAUGGAGAAACCAUGCCACUGGUGCUGCAGCCUCCAGAGCCCAACAGCAGCAAUGAUGUGGAGAGCCUUGUGUUGGCUCUGAAGAAGAACAAGGACUGGUUUGAGCAGAUGCUGAUCAAGAACAGCGCUGUGCUGCUUAGAGGUUUCAAUGUGCAGAAUGCAGAGGAGUUUAAUGAUAUCAUUGAAACAUUCGGGUGGGAUGAUAUUCGAUACGUAGGGCCGGCACCAAGAACACAUGUGCACAAGCGAGUAUGGACUGCCAAUGAAGGACCACUUUCGGAAUUCAUAUACUAUCACCAUGAGAUGGUUUUGAUCAAGGAAUAUCCGAAAAAAGUGAUCCUAUUCUGUGAGACACCACCACCAGAAGGCGGAGAAACACCCUUUGUUCCGAGCUUCCGGGUAACGGAAAGGAUGCUGAAGGAGUUCCCAGAAACCGUAGAAGAAAUGGACGCAAAUGGGUUGAAGUACACUUUCACAGCUCUCAGUAAGAACAGUACAGGUUCCAUGAGGGGUAGGGGCUGGGAGGAUACUUUUGGCACAUCAGACCGUGCAGAAGCUGAGAAAAGGGCUAAUGCUUUAGGCAUGGACGUUGAGUGGCUACCAGAUGGAGCAAUCAAGACAAUAUUGGGGCCAAGGUCGCUGACGAAGGUGUUUGAUGGAAGAAAAGAAAGGAGAAUGUGGUUUAACACGGUGGUCGGCAUGCAUGGGAAGGAGCUCAGCUCUGCCCUCAUGGCCGAUGGAACCGAGAUUCCGGCAAAUGUGGUGAAUAGAUGUGAACAGAUUAUUGAAGAAGAAAGCAUCCAAUUUAAGUGGGAGAAGGGUGAUGUUCUCUUCUUCGAUAACUUGGCUUUGCUCCAUGGAAGAAGGCCUUCUCUUCCUCCCAGGCGAGUCUUGGUAGCCACAUGCAAGUAGCUUUUUAGCAAAGCAAAGUUUGUACGGCCAGUUAUACUGGCUUCGAAGUAACAACGUUUGUUUGUUUGUUUUUUUUUUUUUUCAGAGAGAAUAAAAACUGUUAUAAAAAUAAAAUAAUCAGAGUACGAAAGUACCACCGAAUAAUGGGAAGCCUCGUAUUACUGAAUAAUGGGAAGCUUAUUUAGAGGCAAAUUUAAUGACUUACCCAACAUCAUCAUUAAACUUUUUGAAUAUUAUUUCCUUAUUUUCUUUACAACAAAAAUAACGUUAUCUUUCAAUACACGGUCAUAUACAUCAAAACUCAUCAUUCGAUUUCCAUCUGAAAGGAAGAGGCCUCAAAGUGUUUAGUUAGUGAAUAGUUUCUCGUAAGUUGGCAGAGCAACAAUAGAACGAACCUAAUCGCAGAAUCUUAAAUCUCCAAAAUUUCAAAUCGCAAAUCAGCUUGCAAUAGGAUGCCACGUGAAACAUGGAAUAUACAUCCAUCCGCAUCGAGUCUAAUAUCACUUUACCAGUAGUAUCAGCUCGCUCACCCCAUUUCUAAAAUCAACAUUUCCUGAUGCAUUCAUGGCAAGCCAAAAGUCCAACUUCAGUCCAAUGCCAAUAAGGUGAAGAGUUUCAAAGAACAACAAAUUUAAUAGAUAAGAGAAAAAACUAAACUUGAUUAGGUUCUGUCACUAAAUUUGAUGCUUCUUGAUUAGGUCAAUGAAAGGAGUCCCAAAUCAGGGAAAUAGAUAAAGACAAUUUGAUACAGAAACAGCAUUAACUUCUAUUUAUUUUCUGGACAGGCAUAAAUAAGG